AAGCGCCCUUGGUUUCAGACAAGAGAACCGCACUGUAAUGGCAAUCCCAAUGGCAAUGGCCACGCCUACAGAUUCCUUGAGCAGAGUUUGGAACAUGUCAUCUCUCAAAUCAUCUCUUCCCUCCUCCGCUGUAACUUGCCGUCUACCUUCCCCAUCUUCUCGGCGUCCUGUCCUCGUCUCUUCUCCAUCACCGCGUCUUCCUUCUUUCUCCGGUCUAUCUCCGGUUAACCCUCUAAUCUCAACCGGUCUUCCAGGCUGGCAAAGCUUCGAGGACGGGUUCAAGAUCAUCGACGGUGGCGGUCGUGUGUACGCGAUGAGACACGGGAGAAGAGUCCCGAAGCUGAACAGACCACCAGACCAGAGGAAAGCUCUCCUCCGUGGACUCACGACGCAGCUGUUAAAGCACGGGAGGAUCAAGACGACUCGAGCCAGAGCUAGUGCGAUGAGGAAGUUUGUGGAUAAGAUGAUCACUCUCGCUAAGGACGGGUCUCUGCAUAAGAGGAGACAAGCGUUAGGGUUUAUCUACGAGAAGCAGAUUGUUCACGCGUUGUUUGCUGAGGUUCCGGAUAGGUAUGGGGAGAGGAAUGGAGGGUACACGAGGAUUAUUAGGACUCUUCCGAGGAGAGGUGAUAAUGCUCCUAUGGCGUAUAUUGAGCUUGUUUAAGAGGUUAUCGUUGUCUUUUUGUUCUUGUUCAAAAGGUAGACUAUUUGCUUUGUAAUGUUGAGCAAGUUGUUUAUUAUGCAGAUAUGAGAUUUUAUUUGUUUGGUGUUUAUUGAGCUGCAAAAUCGACUUGGUAAAUGAGUUGGUCUUGUUAGAGUUAGAGUUUUGACUUAGUCAUAGUAGAUGGAACAAGCUUUGAGAAUGUAGGAGCCGUUCUGAUUUAAUAGCUGGUUGCUAUUUGAAGGCCACUCCGAUAGAUUAAUUAUUCGGAUUUUAGUUUCAUCAUUGCAAC